UUACGAAAGGAUUUUUGUCAAAAACGAUGCGUUUUGAUGCCGCCGGCAAAUGAAUAGAAGAAAGGAAAAUAAAAAAAAACAAGUCUCGUUGAAAGUCCUGAAACCACCAUGGAAAUCGAAGGCGAAGACGGCACGAAGCUCUAUCUGAAGCCCGGAGUUCAGGCCGUGUUCGGAAGAGGAGUCGGGUUCAGCACCGACGACCGAACCGUAUCACGCCGUCACGCGUCGCUCGAGUUAAAACCCGCCGCCGCCGGAACUGAGCGGUCCGAUAGGGUUUCAAUCGAGGUCAUUGGGAGGAAUCCGGUCUGGGUACGUACGGGUCAACCGGGCGGUAAAAUCCAAACUUUUCGGAAAUCUGAAACGGGAGAGAUCGCCGCCGGCGAAAGAUUCUGUGUAUCGGGUCAUCUCCCUGUUUGGUUCACUUUGAAGAGACGCGAUGAAGCUACGGAGGAGAGAGCUUCGAGUGGUGAAAGUGGAUUGGAUAGUAUUGAUACCUCUGACAUUGACCUUGUUAAAGAGUUUGGUUUUGUUGUGAUUGGGAAAGAGUUUGAUCAGUAUCCAAAGAGUCGGAUUCUCGACGUAAAGCAAUGGGAAUGGUAUCUAGAAGAUUCCACGAAUAGAAAUAGCGAUGAUGAUGAUGAUGAUGAUGGAGAUAAGAAGCGAAGGAAGGGACUGAGCAAAAAGAGAAGAAGAAAGAAAGGGAAUGAAGACGAUGAUUGGAGUGUGGACAGUGAGGAAGAUAAAGAGUUGAUGGUGAAAUCAAAAAGCGCUAAGAGUCCAAGAUACUCAACUAGAUCCAACAAGACUAAGAAAGAUCCAAACGCAAGUAGUAGUAGUAGUAGUAGCCGUGCUCAAACUAAACAACGUGGAAGUGUAGAUGUCGAAGAAGACGAAGAUGAUGAUGAUGAUGAUGAGACAUUGGGUGGUUUUAUUGUUAGUGAUGAAGAAGCCAAGUUAGAAGAAGAGGACGAACCAUAUAUAGAUGACGAAGAAGAAGAAGAAGUGGAAGAAGAUGAAGAUGAAGACGAAGACGACGAAUGAAUAAUAGUUAGGGUAUAUUUGAUUAAACCUGAAAUGUAAGCAAAGCUAAUCUGACUGCAAUCUUUUGUUGUUCAUUUGUAUGUGCACUUGUGAGAGUCUCUACAUUUGCUGCUUCUUUGGGGCUGAAAAACGUCGCCGUAUCCUUUUGCUGUUAUAUUGGCAGUUCAUGGAACACC